ACAAAUCAAUCUUGAAAGUUGAAUCUUGAAUCUUCAAAUUUUCAAAAGUUCAAUUAUUAAAAUCACCUGUGAGGCUGUGUAAAGUUGAAAAUGUUAAUUUAAUUUCAUUAAUUUAAAUUAAAUCAUUUUUAUUAUGAUCUGAAGACCAUGGCGUUGAUUACAUUGGUUUAUGAAGAAACAAAUCAAACCAUUAGAAUCAAAGGCUCUCAAUUUACAGAGCAAAUAAAAACAAAAUGGGAAGAAAUAAAUUGUAAUACAAGUGUUUUUCGCUAUAAAAUUGAUAACAUAGAAGAGAGGAUAGUCGAUCAGAAAUAUUUAUUACAGUUAAAUCCAGACAGACUUACAAAAAGAAGAACACCAGAGCAGAUAGCUAAUAUUUGCCAACCGUUUGACAAAAACAAAUUCAAUUUCACAAAGAUUUCUAAAGAAGAAAUAUUGUUUAAAUUAAAAGAAGAUAAUAAUGAUGAUAAUCAUAUAAUUGUUGUAAAUGUAAGUCCGAUAACUCGUUACCACACCCUGCUCUGUCCAUCAGUAGAUAAAUGUUUGCCGCAAGUUGUCACUAAAGGUAGUUUAAAGUUGGCCAUAGAUUUGUUAUUAGUAGCUGAGGACCGUGAUUUAAGGAUCGCCUUCAACAGUUUAUGUGCGUUAGCAUCGGUAAAUCAUUUGCAUUACCACUUAUUUAUUGAAAGGAAUACCCUGCCAGUGGAGACUGUGCAAUGCAAACCCCUAAAAGGCCCAUUGCACUGUAUUAAAGACUAUCCAGCGCCUGCAUUUUGCUUCGAAAUCACCAAAAAAUCACCCAAAAUCGAUGAAAUUUACCGAUUAAUCGAAUAUUUUUUGCAAAAAUCGAUCGCUCACAACAUUUUCGUGACCAGAGGUGAGUGUGUUGACGAGGAAAAUUUGAACGAAGUAUCGUAUCGAUUUCUGAUGUGGCCGAGGAAAAGCAGUUCUGGAGUGAAGCAGCUUUUGGCGUUCAAUGUAGCUACCUGUGAGUUGAGUGGCUGGUUUGCAGUACAUAGUAGAGACGCCUUUAACAAUCUAGCGAGUGAAAAUUUAGAAAAAGAAUUACGAAAAUGGAGUAUUGAAAAUUUUGAAGAUUUAUGUGAACAAGCGAAAUCACUAUAUUAAUAUGAAUUAAUUAAGAAAGAAUAGUACAAUUUUUCGUUAUAAGUAUUAAUGCUAUACCUAGAAUAUAGCGGGAUUAUAAUAAUUUAUUAGAUAUUUAUACAUUUUCCUUAUAUAAUAAAAAUAUCUGCAACACUCGGGAGU